AUGGAGGAGAGGAAGUACGUGUGCAAGUAUUGCAGCAAGAGGUUCCCUUGUGGGAAGUCUCUAGGUGGCCACAUCAGGACUCAUAUGAGUGAACAUUCAACUCAAGCCAAUGAACAGAGAAGUAAUGCUGCUAUGCUCAAGUUUGAUGCUGGGAGAAAGAGGAAGAGAGAUUUAGGGUCUGGAGCUGGUGCUAGUGGUGAUGAUGGUGAUGGUGAUUGUGGGAACCUCAUUUAUGGCCUCAGAGAGAACCCCAAGAAAACCACAAGGUUUGUGCACUCCAAUGCCACUUUGCAACAGGAGAAGUUCUGCAAAGAAUGUGGGAAAGGUUUUCCAUCAUUGAAAGCUCUCUGUGGUCACAUGGCUUGUCACUCAGAAAGGGACAAGGGAAGCAACAGGUUUGAGAACAAUUCUGGUUUCAGUGAGAAGCAGAAAUUGGUUAUGGAUAGUCAAUCUGAUACUGAGACUUCUGCUCCAACUCAUCCAAGGAGAUCCAAGAGAAUGAGGUUCAAGACCCUUGGUAACCAUCAUCCCCAUUCUUCUGUUCCAUUGACAAAUAAUGGUUCUUCUUCUGUGUCUGAGGUUGAGCAGGAACAAGAAGAGGUAGCUAGGUGCUUGAUGUUGUUGUCCAAAGAUUCUAGCCACAAGGGUCGUUUUGCUUUGGUUACAGAGUCUUCUGAUAACAACUCUGUUGUUCUAGAGGCAAAAUCACCUUCUGUUGAUACAAGGGUUACUAUCAAGAUUGGUAAGAACUCUGUGUCCAAAGCUUAUGAGCUUGUGGAGAAGAAGUUGCAUAAGGAUAUGAAGUUAAAGUCUGCUGAGAUUGAUUAUGCUUCUGAUAAUUCAGAUUCUGGGUAUUUCAGAUAUGGUCCCAAAAAAGAAGACUCGGAUGAUUCAAAUGAUGGGUUUUUCAUGAAUGAAGCUAAGUCUUCAAAAGUGGGAGACAUGUCUGGGUUUGAGGAUUAUGAUGUUGAAUCGAGGAAGAUGCUCAGCAGAGGAAGAAACAGAAAGAAUGAAUUUAAGAAAUUGGUUUUGAAGGAUUCAAGCAGGAAGACAGCAAAUGGUUUUACCAAUGGUGAAAUCUAUGAGCAUAGAGGAAAAGGGUGGAAGUAUGAGUGCUUGACCAGUGAAAGGGAUAAUAUUAAUGAAUCUGAUGAUUCAGCAUAUGAGAGUGAUGGAAACAGCACAGAUACUGAUUCUUAUCCUGCUCCAAAGCCUCACAACAGCAAGAAUCUCAAUGGAAAGAAGUCUAGCAAGGGAAAGAAGAAAUUGAAGUCAAAGAAUAGCAAGGAUCAUGAGUGCCCAAUCUGCAACAAAAUCUUCAGGUCAGGCCAAGCCUUGGGUGGUCACAAAAGAUCCCAUUUUAUUGGAGGUUCUGAAGAAAACACUCUGGUGAUUAGACCAGGUGCUCCUGCUGUUCCUUGCCUAAUUGAUCUCAAUCUACCUGCUCCUGUUGAUGAAUAG